GCCCGGCGCGGUGGUCUGACUGACACGGUAACAGGAAGCGAUGAAACAUUUGCAUUGGCAGUGCGAGUGAGGAAACAUGUGGUGAUUAACCCUGCAAGGGGUACCCAGCAAUCCCCAGCUCAUGGAAGGUAUGGUGUGUUUGGAACGCACUGUGCCAUAGAGGCAUUCUUUCAGUUGCGAACCACUGCUCAAAUGAAAGCCCGAAAUAAAAGCACACACUGAGCGAGUCAGGUACUGCCGCCCGGACUGUUAACGACACGCACUUCCUGGAUGAGGGGUUCUCACUCGAGUUGUAGUGGUUACCUAAAACGUGAGCUUCGCCAAGAGGAACGGAAAGAGCAUCCCGAGCUUUUGAACGCCCGUCCAACUGGACUUUGUCGUUCUCGGUACAUCGCCGACGGUACUAACCAGAAGCCUACUAAGCCCCAUUGGCUCCAUCACCAACCUCCCAAGGCACCGCGCGGCGCAUUACAGGUAGGCAGGUACUGUGUAGUGUACUUACAUACCUCUAUGGUCCAAAGGAUGAAUUUGACGAAUCGUGCAGGUCAAUCGAGUGUCAAGAGCCAAAAUCGUGCAACUGCGUCCGAAUUCAGCCACGAUUGACGAGUUAGAUAAAAGGGAAGAAACGCCGAUGGAAGGGUCCCGAGAAUGGAAGAUCCAAGCACGAGCAGAAUGAUGUCAACA